AUGGCUUUUGAUUGUAAAGUGAAUCCCAUUAUUAUUACCGAGCCAAAGCAGCAGCAACAGAAGGAAUCCACGUCUUCUCCUUCGAGAUAUCUUUUGGCAGCAAUCAUUCAGCCAGAAAGUUCCACCCUUGGAUCCGGCAAUGCUAAAUUGGCAUCGGCUUUACUUAACAAUUCUGAAUGGAUAGAUUUGGCUUUGGCUCUUUAUUGUCUGGAUGGGGAACACCUUCCGAUUGACAAACGUCCCACAAUCGAUCAAGCCCUCCUUGAUAAGGCAGACUACCUACAAAAUCUUCUGAAAAUGAGGUUGGGUGUUCAUGUGUCCAGUAGCAAAGUGCCGGAGCUAUUGCAUGAUCAUUGGUGUUGGCAUUUACAGUAUGACAAGUCUGAUCACAUGGCGGCCGUUAUGGUAUUUUUGGGACAUGUCAAAACAGAUCUCAGUUGUCUUACUGCUUUUGACUGUCUUCUCUCUGAUCAUACCAACUUCAGACUGGUUGAUGAUGAGAUUUAUGAGGAUGGAGUUUAUGGCUACUACGACAAAAUCAGGCACGAAUGGCGGCGAUUUGGAAUGACCGCGGGAAGGAAGCACUGGAUGAGGGGCAUGGACCACUAUGGCAAUGCUAGGCUGAAGAGUGCGGCUUCUAGAAAGUCGAGUUUCUACAUGGCUUACCCAUCAAUUGCAGUACCCGAAGACGAAAGACCAGCUGCUCGGCAAGGCUUCUUUGAAGAGAACUUGGAGCAUCGUAUUGCUCUUGGCGUUCCAAUCCCGUUGGAUAACCGGGAAUCAAGGGACAUGUCUUUCAAGCUCAUUGAGCUGUUUAACUUCAAAACUCAAGAUCUUGAAAACUUCAAAACAAUCAACAAAGACUUAUCUCCAUCGGAACAGUUGCGCAGAGCUGCCCACUAUAUGGGAGAGUGUGCCUAUGGGCUAUGCCUAGAUAGGGACCAAAAUCUCUCUAGCAAUCCUGGCUGGGAGCAGGCACUAAAGUAUUAUGGAGCUUAG